CACUCACAGAAGAAGAACUAGUAGUAGAAGUUAAAUGCGAAUCAGCUGGAGAAUAAACACAGCCGGACAAGCAAUAUUCUACAGAUUCAGGCUGUGCAAACGCAUUUAAGCCAUGUUUAUAUGUUAAAUAUGUUAAAUUCGAGAGUUUAAUCGAGAUGCAAUGAGAGUGAAUAUUUGUUUCUCGCGCUUCCAGCCGAUGGCAGCUCCAGCACUGCACGGCUGACUGGGCUAACCCAUAUUUGAUUUAUCAUUAAUACCACCUUACCUCAUUCCUACCUCUCCAUCUCAUGGAAGAAAGUGAAGAUCAUGGCGUCCGAAGACAAAGUUCAGGCGUUUUUCGGAAUCGCAGAUCGUGCACGCGCACGGAGAAGGAGCGCGCACACGGCAGACCUGUGAUACCCGAACCUCCAUACGUGCACCCUUCAGACUCCCACAGUCAGUCCUGUUUAAAUGGAUCAGCUCUAGAUCUCUCCAAACGCCGGUAUUGUCGCGGUAAUGCCGGGUCAGUGUAUCCUGUCCUCACUGUGCUGCUUUUAUCCGUGUGCACGCGCUUCUACAAGCUCCCCGAGCCGCCGCACGUGUGCUGGGAUGAGACCCACUUUGGGAAGAUGGGCAGUUAUUAUAUUAACCGCACGUUUUUCUUCGACGUUCAUCCACCCCUUGGCAAGAUGCUGAUUGGCCUAGCAGGAUACCUGACAGGCUACGAUGGCACCUUUCCUUUCAUCAAACCAGGGGACAAAUAUGAGCAUCACAACUACUGGGGGAUGAGAGGGUUCUGCGCAGCACUCGGCUCCUGUCUGCCUCCUUUUGCUUUCUUGGUGGUCUGGGAGCUGUCUCAUUCUACUGCAGCUGCUCUCAUUGCAGCAUCCCUGCUCGUUUUCGACACUGGGUACAUCACCCUCUCGCAGUACAUCCUGCUUGAUCCCAUCCUCAUGUUUUUUAUAAUGGGAGCUGUUCUAAGCAUGGUCAAAUUCAAGCAGCAAAGACUCAGACCCUUCAGCUGUUCCUGGUGGCUGUGGCUGAUUCUGACAGGAGUGAACCUCGCUGGCUCAUUAGGGGUGAAGUUUGUAGGGCUGUUUAUCAUCUUAUUAGUGGGCAUCAAUACUGCAUGGGACCUCUGGAAACUACUUGGAGAUGUUCGUCUCUCUCUGGUGGAUUUUGCCAAGCACUUGACUGCCAGAGUGUUUGGGUUGAUAAUGAUCCCCUUGUUCCUGUACACUACAGUAUUUGCUGUUCAUUUUGUUAUCUUAAACAGAAGUGGUCCAGGAGACGGUUUCUUCAGCUCUGCUUUUCAGUCUCGGCUGAUCGGAAACAACUUGCACAAUGCCACAAUGCCAGAAUACUUGGCAUAUGGCUCAGUAAUAACCGUGAAGAACCUGCGAAUAGCUGGAGGAUAUCUUCAUUCCCACUGGCACCUGUAUCCAGAGGGGGUCGGAGCCCAACAACAACAGGUCACUGCAUAUCUGCACAAAGACUAUAAUAAUCUGUGGCUCGUCAAGAGACCUCCUGAUGAUGAUGAUGCUUUAGAUCCCACAGGGUCUCCUGUGCUUGUCCGACAUGGUGACGUCAUUCGGCUGGAGCACAAAGAGACUACGCGCAACCUGCACAGUCACCUUCAUGAGGCACCACUGACUAAGAAGCACCUUCAAGUCACAGGCUAUGGCAUUAAUGGUACCGGGGAUGCCAAUGAUGUCUGGCAGGUGGAGGUGUGUGGAGGAAAGAAGGGGGACCCGGUGAAGGUGUUGCGCAGUAAAGUGCGCUUCCUACAUCGUUCCACUGGCUGUGUGCUCUAUUCCUCAGGCAAGAUGCUCCCAAAGUGGGGCUGGGAACAGGUCGAGGUCACAUGUAGUCCAUACUUAAAGGAAACUCCAAACUCCCAGUGGAACAUUGAAGAUCACAUCAACCCCAGAUUGCCCAAUAUUAGUUUGUGUGUGCUGAAGCCUUCCUUCCUGGAGAUCUUACUUGAAUCUCAUAUUGUCAUGAUCAGGGGAAACAGUGGCCUGAAACCUAAAGACAAUGAGGUGAACUCGAAACCAUGGCACUGGCCCAUCAACUAUCAGGGCUUGAGAUUUUCUGGAGUGAAUGAAACAGAGUACCGUGUGUAUCUUUUAGGGAACCCUGUGAUCUGGUGGCUGAAUCUGUUCGCUCUGGCUUUGUUUCUUGUCAUGGCGUGCCUGUUUUCUCUGGCCUUACAGAGAGGAGCUAAACUCGAGGGAGAGAGGAAAGCACGCUGCCAGGUUCUUAGAGAAGGUGGAGGGAUGCUGUUCUUGGGUUGGCUGCUACACUACAUGCCCUUCUACAUCAUGGGCCGAAUUCUCUACUACCACCACUACUUCCCUGCCAUGCUGUUCAGCAGUAUGCUUACAGGAAUAACACUGGACACACUUCUGCAGAAUACUGACCUCCUGUUUAGUCCAGCUGUUUCAAAGUGCAUUUUAAGAGCGGGUCAAAUGGUGCUACUGUUAGGACUCCUCCACAGCUUCUACCUGUUCCACCCUCUGUCCUAUGGCAUGAAGGGGCCGCUUGCUCACGAUCCUGCCUCCUCCAUGGCGGGACUCAGAUGGUUGGACUCCUGGGAAUUUUGAAGUGUUUCGAAAGGAUACGUAGUGUGGAAAAAAUAAUAUUAACUAGUCUAGGGACUAGAGAGCUGCAAAAAUAGGGAUAUUUUCAUUCUUUUAAACACACACAAGGUUUCAUUUUCUGAGAUUAUUAUUAUUAUUAUUAUUAUUAUUAUUAUUAUUAUUAGAUAUACUAGAAUUGCUAACUUAUAAAUUACUGGCAGUUUGUAAAGCAUCACUUGGUUCAAUUUGUUAGCACAGAGCUACGUUUCUUUUACAGCUGAGGGAAAUGUACGUUAUGUACAGUAUGUUAUCUGUAUUGUGAAACAUUUCUUAUUUAAUUUGAUAUGUUUGUAGGAUCGUUGGAUGUACUUUAUAUCUACUUCAGGUUUGACUGAAAAGAACAAUCACAUGAAGUGCCUUUUAGGUGAUGAAUAUAUAAAAUGUAGUGACGAUUCAGUGAGAUAAUGGUUUAGAGCUGAAAGGGAGUUUAUUGGAAUUCUGGAAAUCUCACUAGCACUUUGGGACUUUUACCUUAUGAUUAAAAGGUCUGAGUUUUUGAAGUAUUCAUUUAUAGCCUCUAGAGAGCUAGCAAUAAAUUGGCAAUAUCCAAUCCUUGGAACAGAUUGGCUUGUCAGAUCAUUUUAAUGUACAUAUUAAUUUUUUUUUUUUUAACAAGAAUUUCCUGUGAAGGUUAUAUUCUUGCUUUGUUCUUGAAUAUUAUGUCAUUAUUUUUGAGUAUUAAAAAGUAAACUAUGAAAUAAGUAAUUGCCCCAUUGUGGUUUCUUCCUCAGUGAUUUGCCAAUGAAUACAACUUUUUAAUUUAUUAAAACAGCAUGUCGUGUUCAUUAACUGUUUAUAGUUAAAUCUAAUGUUGUGGAAGGACGAAUUAGUUCCUGUUAUCACUUGCAUUAUAGCAGCUGGAAACACUUGCUCCCUCACCAGACUCUCUUUUUGUCUCUCUCGUGAAGUUAAUAAGACAAAAACACAGCUUGUGAAGAUGCUCUGAAACUGGGAAGCACAAAGUCCUCUGUCCUGAAGACUUUCCCAUGGUGGAAAACUUACUGAUUGUUAUAAAGCACAGACACUCGAGACUCUUUCCGUAAAUGUCAAAAACUUGACCAUGUCCACAAUUCUGUUUUUCUUUAUUAAAUAACAAGUUUGAAUUCAAUUUUAUUUGUAUAGCACUUUUUGCAAUGGACAUUGUCUCAAAGCAGCUAUACAGAAACAUAUAAACACGGUAUACAGAAUUUAAAUGUGUGAAUUUAUCCCAAUUGAUUAAGCCGGUGGUGAUGGUGGCAAGGAAAAACUCCCUAAGAUGUUAAGAGGAAGAAAGCUUGAGAGGAACCAGACUGAGAACCCAUCCUCAUCUGGGUAACAACGGAUAGUGUUAAACUAAAAGAAAGUUAAUUGUGGUUUAAUACGAAGUCUGUUUGUAGAACUAGUCUACUGUUCAAAGGAGACCUGAGUCUAAAACUGCAUGUGAUAAUUGCAGUCCUGGGGCCUUAGAAGCAACCAUAG